UAAAUCAAAGCGACGGGUUUCAUCAAAGUUUCAAAAGCUAAAAAAAAAACAAAAAAAAAAACACAUCUCAUCAGCAAAUAUCCACCGACGCGAUCCGAUCUCAUCUCUCCUGGAACCAUGGUUGAACCGGCGAACACUGUUGGAAUUCCGGUGAAUCCGACGCCUCUGCUGACAGAUGUGCUCGACAUCGUGAUUCCGACCAUCCGAAACCUCGAUUUCCUCGAGAUGUGGAGGCCUUUUCUUCAGCCGUACCAUCUGAUCAUCGUCCAGGACGGAGAUCCGUCGAAGAAGAUUCAUGUUCCUGAAGGUUACGACUACGAGCUCUACAACAGGAACGACAUCAACCGAAUCCUCGGACCGAAAGCCUCUUGCAUUUCGUUCAAGGAUUCCGCUUGUCGGUGCUUUGGCUACAUGGUGUCUAAGAAGAAGUACAUCUUCACCAUUGAUGACGAUUGCUUCGUUGCCAAGGACCCAUCUGGGAAAGCAGUGAACGCUCUUGAGCAACACAUCAAGAACCUUCUGUCUCCAUCGUCUCCGUUUUUCUUCAACACCUUGUACGACCCUUACCGUGAAGGCGCUGAUUUCGUCCGUGGAUACCCUUUCAGUCUUCGUGAAGGUGUUUCCACUGCUGUUUCCCAUGGUCUCUGGCUCAACAUCCCUGAUUACGAUGCCCCGACCCAACUCGUGAAGCCUAAGGAGAGGAACACUAGGUAUGUGGAUGCUGUCAUGACCAUCCCAAAGGGCACACUUUUCCCAAUGUGUGGCAUGAACUUGGCUUUUGACCGUGAUUUGAUUGGCCCAGCUAUGUACUUCGGUCUCAUGGGUGAUGGUCAACCUAUUGGUCGCUACGACGAUAUGUGGGCUGGUUGGUGCAUCAAGGUGAUCUGUGACCACUUGGGCUUGGGAGUGAAGACGGGUCUGCCGUACAUUUACCACAGCAAAGCGAGCAACCCGUUUGUGAACCUGAAGAAGGAGUACAAGGGAAUCUUCUGGCAGGAGGAGAUCAUUCCUUUCUUCCAGAACGCAAAGCUGUCGAAAGAAGCAACAACUGUUCAACAAUGCUACAUUGAGCUCUCGAAGAUGGUGAAGGAGAAGCUGAGCUCCUUAGACCCAUACUUUGACAAGCUUGCAGACGCCAUGGUCACCUGGAUUGAAGCUUGGGAUGAGCUUAACCCACCUGCUGGUGCAGCUGCCAACGGCAAUGCUUAAGCAGUUCGUGAGCCAAGAAAAACAAAAACACCCACCACACACAGUUUUGGUUGUUUUAGCUCAAAUUAUCAUUCUGAUGCUUUCUUGUUUAAAAACUUUUGAGCAGUUUGUCAUCAUCCUCAAUACUUUCUCAUUGGAUUUGUAGUUCUAUUUUAUGGUUUUGUUUUGCUACUCUCUCAGAUUUUCUUCUUUGUUGCAUUAAUAAAAAGCCUUUCCCAUUCAGUAACAAUCAUCCAUUAUGUCAUCACAAAAAAGUCCCAUACACCACUAUGAAAAAAAGUUAUGGGACUCAUGCCAUAACUUUUUUUCAUUGACACUUUAA